CCACUUCCCGCAACAAGCCAAACAAGGGCUAGUCGACUAUUUUAGAUAAAAAUAUGAACUUUUCACCAGCAAAAAGCUUAGACUUAAACCGAUUAAGUAUGAAUUUAAUUGAGGAAUAACAUAUGCAUUCAGCAAAAAGUGAGAAAACAACAAAUUUCCUUGUUUUCGGGGUUCGAUAGCUUCGGUCUGAUGUAGAAGGCGGAUUGUUUGACAGGAAUCAUGGUGAAAGUUUAGCUUCGGAACAGCAGAAAAACAAACGCAAUGGCCUCGGUUAUGGAGGACCCUGCUCUGGAGAGGCACUUCAGAGGCCACAAAGACACAGUGACGUGUUUAGACUUCAACCCAAAUGGCAACCAGCUCGCGUCCGGGUCGGAGGAUAAGUGUCUGAUGAUUUGGAACCUGGCACGUAAAUCCAGGGCGUACAGAUUCGUGGGACACAAUGACAUCAUCACUGCGCUGCAGUUUUGUCCUUUUGGGAAUUUAGUGGCCUCCUGCUCCAAAGACAGAACUGUGCGGCUGUGGACGCCCUGCAUGAAAGGGGAGUCGACGGUGUUCAAAGCUCACUCAGGCCCGGUGCGCAGCGUGUCUUUCUCCCAUGAUGCUUUACGGCUGGUGACAUCAUCAGACGACCGCUCCGUUAAAGUCUGGAGCGUUCCGAGACGCUGCUUCCUUUUUUCCCUCAACCAGCACACCAACUGGGUCCGCUGUGCUCGUUUCUCUCCUGACGGGCGACUGGUGGCUUCCUGUGGAGAUGAUCGCUCAGUUCGAAUCUGGGACGCAAACUCCAAACUUUGCAUCAACGUCUUCAGCUGCUCCGGUCCAGUCUGCUCUGUGGAUUUUAACUCCAGUGGGACGUGUGUGGCCUCCUCAGGUUCUGACAGCUCCAUCAGCAUCUGGGACCUGAGGACCAACAAACUGCUGCAGCACUAUCAGGUGCACAGUGCAGAGGUCCACAGCGUGGCGUUUCACCCGUCAAACCACUUUCUAAUCAGUGCAUCGGCCGACAGGACAGUUAAGAUAAUCGAUCUGCUGGAGGGACGCCUCAUCUACACUCUCCAUGGACACAAGGGGCCGGUUCUCUCUGUGGCUUUUUCUAGAACUGGUGAGAUGUUUGCUUCAGGAGGAACUGAUGCACAGGUUCUGGUGUGGAGGACAAACUUUGACCGUGUGAAUUACCAGGAGAUGCUCCAAGGACACAUGAGAAGAACCACUCCAGACCCUCCUCCACAUCUCACUGACAUCCACCCACGGAGCCCACACCAGCACAGGCCUGAGUCCGACUGUAUACAGAUCUGUCAGUCAGUGGCAGACACACAGUCUGCAGAUCCACACGUGGUCGAGAUGGGACAGAGGUUCUCCUCUGAGCUCCUAAAUCAGCCUUCAAAGUCACACCGUUCCAAGGUUAAAGCUAACGGAUGGAGCGGGGGCGGAGCUAGCGGGAGAGUGGAGUCAGCAGCAGCAAUAGCCAAUCAGAGAGGAGCGGAAGAGGAAGUGGAGACCCAUCGCCUUGACGUGCUGUCAGGGCAUCCGGACGCUCUCACAUCCACACUCAAACACAUCGUCAAACAGCUGGAUAUACUCACGCAGACGGUGUCAGUUCUGGAGGAGCGUCUAACUCUGUCCGAGGACAAACUGAAGGAGUGUCUCAUAAACCAGUCCCACCUUUUGAGGAGCUUCCACAACUUAGCGACCGGACCAGACCCAGAGACCGGAUCAGACCCAGAGACCGGACCAGACCCAGAGACCGGACCAGACCCAGAGACCGAAUCAGAUCCAGAGACCGGCCCAGAUCCAGAGACCGGACCAGACCCAGAGACCGGACUAGCCCCAGAGACCAGACCAGAUCCUGGGACCACACCACGUCCAGAGACCAGACUGGACCCAGAGACUAGACCACAUCCCAGCACCAGUCCCCAUCUCGUGUCCGGACCAGAUCCCGGGGUUAGACCAGGGCUUGAGUCCAGGGGAGAGCAGUGGGACAGUGACGACAGCGGCACGUGACCCUUGACCUUUGACCCCAGUGAGCAGAGCCUGGACCAAAGAGUGCACUUUACAUUUGAGACUCUUUUAGUUAAUUUUAAAACCACCUGAGCUUCUCGUGAUGCUGCUUAAGUUAAAAAAAAAAAAUUAUAAUAAAAAUGAAUGAAUAAAUGCAACAAGAUCAAAUGGACAGAAUUGUUAAGUUAUUUUUGUAUAUUUGUACGCAGAAGAAGAUUAUUUAAAGUUCAACUAUGUCACUUUUCUGGUGGGAGGUACAUUACCUGCUUGUCGCCAUGGAGAUGUUAUUCCUUUGCCUGGAAUGUUCAGCGUUAUGGCAUUAAACUUAUCUAACUUUAUUUUCAUUUAUUGCUAAAAAGUCCGUAAAAACAUGCAUUCUUUCUGGGCUCGCCUCUCCACAGAUCUAAGCCAUAGAGCGUAACGGCAAUAUCAUCGCCAUGGAGACGAGCAGAUGCCGAGCAAUUCGCCUGAAAAAGUUACUUAACGUGCCUUUAAUAUGUAAAAUGCAUUUCUUGUACAGUGUUUUUUUUGUUUGUGGGAUAAUUAUGUAGAAAGAGCUCAGGAAUUGAACCCACAACCUCCUUACCGAGAGGAGGAGACAAGCUAUAGAAAUAUUCCGUUUCAUAUUUUUCUUGUCAGCUAUAAAACUUCUUCCUAACCGCUUUUGUGUCAGCGUGACCU